GUGAUGCACAAACACCAACGACUUGAGAUCGCAUCAAAAAGGGCUUCGAGCAAUGAUCCUUAUCAUACAAAUGAGGCUGCGUGUUGUUUGUUUCUAUGGCUACCUUCCCUGCCAAGGCCUGGAAGCGCCUGCGCGUCAGUCGCAUAUAUUCGGUACCAGUCCUUCAUCCUCUUUCCUUUCUCUUCUUCACGCACCGAGCAGGCAAAGUCAAUACGUGUUUGGGUCAAUCUUUGCUUUUCGCAAGGAUUUCCAAACCCGUCCAAGUUCUUUAGUGUGAUUUCUAUUGGCUGUUGGCUUCUCAUCCCCCGAUGAGGCUGGCAGACGAGGGAGUCAUCUAUAGAACUUCGCAGCUCCCACAUCACAUGGUACUCCUGUGAAUCAAGCGUCAUCCCCUCAAAAACCUAUCACGCUCUCUACUACUGUCAUAGGUUCUUCGGUCGCUCUUUCUCCCUUUCUGGCCCUCGUUCGUUGACUUCAAGUACUCGACAAUCAUUCCAUGCGCCGUUUCGACGAGAUGUUCAAGCGAUCAUUUAAUACCAGAGAUGGUCGCAUCGUUAAAUCGAAGGCCACCAAGACUACUUAUCCCGAACAUGUGAAGAGGAAGAUGCAGGACAGUGUGGACGAAGGCUCGCUGGUGGCAAGUACACUGACGAGCCCUAUCGUUACCCUUGUCGUCGGUCGUGAGCAGCGCCUCUUCGCUGCGCACGAAGACGUCCUCUGUCAUUCGCCCUACUUCGCUGCCGAGUUGAAAGGCCAGUUCCUGGAAAGCGGCACGAAGAGAGUGGAACUGCCCGGAGAAGAGCCCGAAGUACUAUCCUGUGUCCUCGAGUUUCUAUACAAGGGUGACUACUAUCCACGUUUGUUGCACGACAAGCGCCGAAACACUUGGGAUCUCGAGGAUGCGCACCGGGAUAUCAAAACUGGUGGUCGCGGAAGCACCGUUUCGACACUCUACCUUUCCGACGUGCGUGGAGAUGUUCUUCGGGACACUGUCGUCUACUGCGCUGCCAACAAGUACGGCCUGGAAGAGCUGAAGAGCCUUGCUCUACGGAAACAAGGCCUUCAGUCUGGCAUCCAGGUCGACGUGAUCUUGCGAUCUGCUCGGUAUGCGUACCAGAACACGCCGGACACAGAAUCGAUCCUCCGCGCUCAUUACCUAGCCCUGAUCAUUCGAAGUCGCAAGACUUUUAAGAGGAGCGGAACCAUGCAGAUGGAGAUGGAGAAAGGGGGCAAAUUGUUUUUCGACCUGUUUGUGGCCAUGUGCAACCACAUCGAUGAUAUUGUGACGAUCGGCAACAGUCGUUCUCCCAAAGUCAUUUGAAGGUUGCAAACAAACCACAACGGGGCGACGGUUCGGAGCUAUAUCGUGAGGUAGGACAGUAUGUUUGCCAUGUCGUUGGAUAAAACAGCAACGAGCUUCCGGGACCGUCGACUGCUUUGAUAGCAGCGCAACUCCACUUCUCUCGAGGUUGGCCGACGACUUGCUGGUUUAUCGAAACCCUACUCUUUCUAAUGGCCCUCGGCGCAAUCGGCUUUCAACUCUGUCCUUGUUGGAAAUAUGGUCAAACCACACAGCGUGCGGCUACACUCGCAACUCUUUUGUUGUAUUGAUUGGAUUCUCGACUCUGCGUCGACAUCUGCUUGGAUGGCGAAGCUACAUUCGACUCGACCUUGAGGGUCGGGAAGAUUACCUCUUAAUGAUUCAGAAUAGGAAAUGAGAGAUUCCGGCCACCUCA